UCGUUCGUAGUUCCCGUGUUAAAACCAGCCAUACUGCGGCGCUUUUCUGAUGCGGUCGCGCGACAAGCAACAAUCCUAAUAAUGGACAUUCGCAAGUUUUUCACUUCUUCUGGGUCAGCGCCUGUGAAGCGAGCUGCCGAUGAUACAAAAAGACAACCUGAUGAGAAAAGCAAGCCCAAACAGUUGGCGAAAGCGGAGAAAGAGCCUGCGAAACCGAAGGCCGUGGAAAAGAAGAAGAAAGCUUCACCUGUGAAAGUUCCAAAAAAAGAAAAACAUGAGCCGGCAAAGUCGGCGAAGGAAAAGAAGGAAUCUGGAAAAAAGCCACGGCAGAGGAUUGUCAUGCUUGAUUCCGAUUCGGAAGAUGAAGAACCAAUCCCCAAAAAGGCCAAGAAGCAAACCAAAGAAUGUAAAGCUGCAACUGUUGACUCUGAUGAAGGCUUGGAAGACCCAGUUGCAUCGAAGCCUACCAAACUAUCACAGGCUGCAGUUUCAAAGGAUGCAUCUCCAAAGAAGCCUGUAAGGAAAGUCAGUGGCAAGGAACCUCCAAGUCAGAAACUUGUGCCCGUUUCUGCUGAUGAUUUUUUCACAAGUGCUUCCUUAAGCCCCGCCUCCAAGUUGUCACUCAAGGCGGCUCAAGCGAAAAAGGUUUCGACUUCAAAGGAGUCUCAUGAUGACAAUGAUUUCCAGAAAACACUAGAAACGCUUGAUGAAAAGCCAGAGGAAAAACAGCUGGCCACACGUUCAAGUCCCCGGAAGGCCAUCAAAGACACUGAGAGGUCCCAGAAAUCUGGAAAACCUACUGAGAGUCCUAGUGAAAGAAAGGCGUCACCAUCAAAAGGUAAUGCACAGAAGCCAGAAACUAGCAAGAAGCUGGAGAAGGAAAAGGCCCCAGUCAAGCUCACACCAGAGAAACGAAAAGCUGAAUCACAAGUUGCUGCCAGCCCACUGUCAAAGAAACCUGAGGAAGCAACACCUGGCAAGCAAGCUGUGAAGAAAGAACAGCCUGCACCUUCUAAGGAAGAAGUACCCAAGAAAGGGAAGCCGGCUGCUGCCACCACGCCUUCCUUUCGGAGAGGAAAUGCCGCUAGCUACCAGAGUUACCUCAACAGGGAAGGCCCGAGGUUGCUGGGAACACGAGACAUACCAGAGGGCACUCCUGGCUGCCUGAAAGGUGUGACAUUAGUGGUGACCGGAGUGUUGGAAUGCAUCGAGCGUGAUGACGCUAAGGAACUGCUGGAACGCUGUGGCGCCAAGGUCACGCAAAGUGUCAGCCGCAAUACCACCUACGUUGUUGCGGGCCGGGACUCGGGCCCAGCCAAGAUACGCAAGGCCGAAGAAUGUAAGGUGGAAAUAAUAGAUGAAAAUGCUCUGUACGAGCUGAUUGAAAGUCGUUCAAGUGGUGAUGGCAAGCGCAAGGCUGAAAAAGCAGAAGCUAAGGAAGAGCCAGAAGAGGCAGAUACCCCGAAGAAGAAACGAAAAGUGGAGCCUGAAGACAGUUCGGAAAACCAUCAGGAAAAGAGGGCACGAAAAGCCAGUGAGCAUGUCAUUUCCUCGAACAAGAAGUCAGGAGAUACUGCUGCCGAGGACUCACCGUCGGCAUCCAGCAGCCAGAAGACACGGACAUCUGCUGAGAUGUGGGUGGACAAGUACAAGCCACAGACGACCAAGCAGAUCAUCGGCCAGCAGGGAGACAAGAGCAACUGUGGCAAGUUGCUCCUGUGGUUGCGCAACUGGCACAAGAGCCGUGCUGGACCCAAGAAACCAAUUCCUAAAUGGGGAGGAGGUGGAGGCGAUGGUUCCGCCUUCAAGGCAGCACUUCUGUCUGGAUCCCCUGGCAUCGGCAAGACCACCACUGCUACACUCGCAGCACGGGAAGCUGGCUACAGCAUUUUGGAGAUGAAUGCUUCAGACACUCGUUCUAAGAAGAGCCUUGUUGAACACGUGGCUGAGACCCUAGGGAACCUCACGCUUACAGGAUCUGGCAUGACAUCCAGACAUGUACUCAUCAUGGAUGAAGUGGAUGGCAUGGCAGGCAAUGAGGACAGGGGUGGAGUUCAGGAGCUAAUUGCUCUGAUCAAGUCUUCACGAAUUCCCAUAAUAUGCAUCUGCAAUGACCGCUCACACCCGAAAAUGCGCUCUUUGUUGAACUACUGUUUUGACUUGCGAUUCCAGCGACCGCAGGUCAAGCAAAUUCAGGCUGCGUUGAUGUCCAUUGCAUGCAAGGAAGGUCUCUCUAUCAGCCCGGCCAUUGUACAAGAGAUUGUCAUGGCCUCCAACCAGGACGUGCGACAGGCACUGCACAACCUCUCGCUUUGGAGUUCCCGAACAAAGAGCAUGAGUGUGGCGCAGGUAAAGGCUGAUGCGGGCAAGGGCACCAAGGACAUCAAAAUGGGACCAUUCGACGUGGUGCGCAAGAUCCUAUCGAGCUCUGAGGGUGGCCAGUCUAUGACACUGAAUGAGAAGGCAGCACUCUUCUUUCAUGACUACAACAUGGUGCCGCUGUUUGUUCAAGACAACUACUUGCAUAUUCAGCCCUUGGAAGCCAAGGGUGACCGUGAGAAGCACCUCCGAUUGGUCAGCGAGGCGGCCGACAGCAUCAGUUAUGGCGACGUAGUGGAGCGGCAGAUCCGGCAGCACGGCAACUGGUCCCUGCUCCCCAUGCAAGCUUUCUUUGCCAGUGUGAUCCCUGGAGAGCUCGUUCGGGGCCACAUGCGCGAGAUGGUCACCUUCCCAGCCUGGUUUGGCAAGAACUCCUCCACGACAAAGCGACACCGCCUGCUCCGCGAACUCAAGCAUCACACGUACACUCGGGUGUCUGCUGACCGCACACAACUGUCCAUGGACUACGUGGGUCCCUUGCUAGAGUCGCUGACCAAGCCGCUGAUCGACAAAGGCGUGGAUGGCGUGCCAAGCGUUGUGCACCGCAUGCACCACUAUUACCUGCAGCGAGCCGACCUGGACAACCUUUGUGACCUGGCUUUGUGGCCUGGCAUGAGGGACCCGAUGGGACACAUUGACUCUAAGGUAAAAGCUGCACUGACACGUUCGCUCAAUAAGGAGGCCUUUAUGAUGCCUUAUGCCACUGGCGACUUCGUCAAAAAGAAGGCCAAGAAAGGCGCAGGCAAAGCUGGGAAACAGGCCACGUUGCAGGGCGACGAGGAAACUCCUGAAGAAGAAGCAGAGGAUGAAGACGACGAGCCUGACCCAACCCUUGUUGAUUACGAUUAGAUGGCCAUCUCGUUUUUGAUAUCUGGUUGCACCAUUUAGUGCUUUUGUUGUGUGGAUCGACUGCCAUGUGUUCACAGCUUUUGUCACCGUUGCAAAGCUAUCAUGCGAAAUGCUCUGUGAUAAGAUUGCAUGGAGCCUUGCACUUCCUAGCAUUUCGACUACUACUACCUCAGCAGCUCUCCUUUGUGUGUGCACAGCAAGGGUAGUCAAAGUCACUGCUGUGUUCAUUAGACAUGCCGCUCUUGGAAAGUGAUCAUAUUGUUGACUUGGAAAUUGUACUACCAGAAAUUCGUGCUUUCACGGCAGCAAUCGGAGCUAGUUGUCAUGCAUUGUUGACUUGCGGGCAGGCUGUCCUGAAACACGAAACUUGGCGAUUGUGCACACGCUGAGUGUGGGUGUCUCACGUUUCCUCUCAUUGUGCUUUGUGCUCUAAGUUGGUGUACCUGCAGUGUAUUGCAAUGUAUUGCAAAUGACAGAGCAUUCCGGCCAAAAAAUGGCUAAAAUUCUGUUGUUGCUAGAUUAUCUUACAUUUGAGGCAAAUUCCAGAUAAUUAAAAAAGUAAUAUUCGGCUGCUCACAGAAGUGCUCAUUGUGGGAAGCCACAGAAAGCUGUAUUUUCUCGCAGCCUAACACUGAACAUGUGUAACCUGUGCAGCGCGUCUUGCAAUCCCAAAGUUCGUGUUGAAACUACAAAGAAGUUGAGUUUUACUCUAAAGCUGUGACGUUCCAAAAAAGUAUGUCUAAAACACAGUGAGUUCAGUUAUCCCAAGAAUGGCUGGCUUCUGAGCUCCUUCUUUGCUCGUGCACGAGGAACUCGGCAGAUUGUGUGGAAGGGAAAAACAGAAUCGAACGGCAGUUGAACGUCAAAACACGCCAGUGUAAUCAAUGUACAAAACAAACAAAGAAUAAUACACUUAAUGUCUAAUCAUUCAAUUGCCAGUCAGUUUCUUAAGAGUGAAUUCAAGCUCACUUGCCAGCAAUCAAAUACACCAUUAUUCAUGUGGUUAUCAGCAAGGUGUCAUAUCCAUUCCCUCCUGCUGUCCCUGUCCGUGUCAUCUGCAGAAUAUUUGUCAAGCACUAAUCGUCUCCUUUAUGCUUGUUAGUACGCCAUCCUUUCCAUUGACAGGGCCAACAGGCACAGUGAAACAACAUGCAUGCAAAUACUGUACUAAACAGCAUUAAUUUGUAUGACACACAUGAUGAAUGAUCAGGAAGACUAGAUUUUUGCAAAUGAUGAUGUCUGAAUGUGCACUACUAAUUGAGAUCUCAUCUCGGAAGCACUGUAUAUAUAAAUAUUCACAUUGUGUGAUGACGCUGCAAUCAGUUUAAUGCUCAGAUGGCCUCCUUCAGUAAGCCCUUCAAGACUUACGCUACGGCUCUGGGCUUGACCAUUGAUAGUGCUCUGGGCCUCAGCAGACAGUAGUGCACAUAACUAAUAUAUGCUGUUUAUUCAGACUUGCAGGGCCACUUUGAAGACAACCAGCCUGUUCAGACCUGUUCACUAAUGAGCCAGUUUGUUAUAAUCCCCCCCCUCCUCACUCCCCUGCCCUUUUUUUAACAUUUGAUACAGUUGAGUGGUGUUCAUGAUUACGAUUUUUCAUGUGCCUAAUGCAGAAACCUUGUGCACAAGUUUACAUGGUAGUUGUUGUGCCCAAGAAGCACAUACAAAUACAAAUGACUCACUAAGCUAACAAAAGAAUUGACCAACAUAAAUUGGUGCAGGAUAUUAGUCAUGUUUCUGACAGGUAAGCAUAUCAAAUAUAGGUGAGUGAAAGAAUGCCACUUAUAACGUACAAAAGCAGCAGAGAACAGCAUAGGUAUCUAAAAGCAACAACGGGGUUUUGAAGAAGGGCCCUGCCAAGCAGAAAUGGCCAAGCCUGCCACAAAUGAUCAAAAAACAGUAAUGCCAUGUUAUGAAACUAUUGAAGCAGUCUCGCUUCACUGCAUUACGACUGUGGCAUGUUAGAGUUCAAUAGCUGUGUCAGACAUCUGAAAAAUGUAUGUUAUAACCGUAAUGUCAUGUUGCAACAAGGUGUGUUAUAACAGUGCUAGCCAGGCGUGGUUGUAAUACCAUGACUCCUUAUUUUAGUGUGAGAUCUGGAUAUUGCUCUGUGCUCUUCAUAAGUAUGCACAGGUGCUAGUGCUAAUUAUGUUUUCACUGUCACAGCUUAUUUGACUGCACAGAUAGUGCAUUUGUAGUACUAUUUAGCCAAAAUGAGAUCUGGCAUUGAAUAUCAACAAAAGGUCUCUUGAAGCACACCUUCAAAAUAGAUUCACUGAUUGCGUAGACAGGCAACCCAGUGUCAUCCCACAAUUAUUGCAGCGAAUUGUGAACAUUUGCAUUGUUUUUAUUCAAUCAAAGCUACAUUUGUUGAUUUUAUAAGCAUUAAAGAAAACUUGUACAAUUAUGCUUAACUUGUUUCUUGUUGGGUCCUACGUUUGCGGUCACCAAAUUUGUGCUUUGUGGGCCAGCAAUUACGGCACAUACAGUUAAACCUCGUAUAAUGAACUCAAAUGGGGCAAAUUAUCGGAUAUAACGAAGCAAAUCUAGAAUCUUUCUUGCCAAUGUGAACAUUUAACAAAUAUACUGUAUGCUUAUAACGAAUAUCAGCUAUAACGAAGAUAUUUUUGUGUCAGAUACGACUUGGUUAUAACAAGGUGUGACUACAGAUGUUUGCAUUUGUUAAUGCUUCUCUGGAAGCAGGUAUGUGGAAUAGUAUUUCACUAUCAAAUAUGAGCCAAUUACUUUCCUGAUAUAUUGGAUGCAUGUGCAUGCUUUGGUUCUUCCUCUUCAGUGUAUGUCUGUGUAUUAUGCACUCAAGUGGCGUGCCAUUGCAUGCUGUGCUUUUUCGUCAUUUGGCAGCUAGCCCUUAAUGCCUCCAUUAGCAUUUUUGCCCUGAAACUCGAGGUGUAAUGCUUCAUAUUUGAGGUACAAAUGUAGAAGGUAGAGGUGUACAUUAGUUGGAGAGAUUUAGUUUUGCCUCUCGUGAACAGUUGCUUGGAAGAAUUUCUGUCUUUUUUUUUGAAGGAAAGGCUGGAAGAGAGCUCCAGAUUUGAAAAUAACAUCGUUGUUUGGUCAGUAAUGGAAGCGGCGAUGUGGAAAUUCGUCUUUAUUUCUCCGUUUAUUUGCAUACAUGCCCUAUAGCACGCUUUCGAAAACCAAUGCCUACACUGCCCUUCAUGAGCUGAUCACACUACCGGUGGGCUAUGACCACCUGUAAUGCCACAGCAUAAAUUUCCUUCCUAACAUCAUUUCAGGGGUAAAACAUGCCUUCAGUUGGUUUUACACAAGGCUUUAUACAAACACGUACACAUUUUUUUGCCUGUGCCCAUCUUGUUCGUGACAUUUAUUUCAGGCUUUGUAGAAUGGCUACCUCUGAAGCUGAGUGCUAAUUCUUGUGCCACAGUGGUCAUUUCUAUUGUGAAUAAACAACUGUUUUUCUGAA